GUCGUCGUCACCUCCCCUUCCUUAGCCCGCGAGUUCCUCAAAGACCAUGACGUCACCUUCGCCAACGGCGACAUCCCCACCGCCGCUAGGGCCUCCACCUAGGGAGGAAAUGAUAUCGCGUGGUCCCCGUAUGGACCCCAGUGGCGGAUGCUGAGAAAAGUCUGCGUGCUCAAGAUGCUCAGCAACACCACUGUGGACUCGGUGUACGAACUCCGGCGAAAGCAGCUCCGGGAAACUGUCGGGUACUUCUACAGUCGGGUCGGGUUGGCGGUAAACGUCGGCGAGUAGAUGUUCUUGAACGUGCUCAAUGUUAUCUCCAACACGUUGUGGGAUGGGACGGUGGAAGGGGACGAGAGGGCUGGACUUGGAGCUGAGUUUCGGGAAGUUGUAUCGGAGAUGACGGAGUUUUGGGGAAGCAGAAUGUGUUGGACUUUUACCCGGGUUUGGCCCGGUUCGAUUUGCAAGGCGUGGAGAAGCACAUGGCGAGGUUGGCUCGGAGGUUUGAUGGGAUAUUUGAGAAGGUAAUUGAUCAACGGCUGCGGAUGGAGAAAGAAGGCGCGAAAAAGAGUAUUGAUGUCUUGACUUUUUUGUUGAAGAUGAAAGACGAGGGAGGAGAUUCGAAGACGCCUUUCACUAUGACCCAUGUCAAAGCUUUGCUUAUGGAUAUGGUGGUGGGUGGCAGUGACACUUCCUCCAACACAGUUGAGUUUGCAUUGGCUGAAAUUAUGCACAAACCAGAGGUGAUGAAAAAAGCCCAGCAAGAACUAGAAGCUGUAGUUGGCAAACAAAACAUUGUAGAAGAGUCUCAUAUUCAUAAACUACCCUACUUACAAGCUGUGAUGAAAGAAACUCUGCGCUUGCACCCAGCCCUGCCACUACUAGUUCCUCACUGCCCAAGUGAAACCUGCACUGUGGGAGGCUACACCAUCCCGAAAGGGUCUCGGAUUUUCGUGAACGUGUGGGCAAUACACAGGGACCCUUCCAUUUGGGAAAACCCAUUGGAGUUUGAUCCAAAAAGGUUCUUGAACAGCAAAUGGGACCAUAGUGGAAAUGACUUCAACUAUUUCCCAUUUGUAUCUGGCAGAAGAAUAUGUGCUGGGAUUGCAAUGGCUGAGAGGAUGGUGAUGCAUUCACUUGCUACGCUUGUGCACUCUUUUGACUGGACAUUGCCACAAGGACAGAAGUUGGAUCUUUCAGAGAAGUUUGGUAUUGUGCUGAAAAAGAAGAUGCCUUUGGUUGCUAUCCCAACUCCUAGGUUAUCUGAUCCUGCACUCUAUGAGUAGCCAACUUCAUUUAGGACCGCAAGGAUUUAUUGGGAUAUUUGUUGUGUAUCUUUCUGAAGAUGAAUUUUAUGAUUCAGAGUUCGGGAGCUGAGAGGCCCCAUUACAGACUAAAAUUUUGUUGUCUGUAAUUGAAACCAGUACUUUUCAAACCAUUACUCAAUAGAAACCAAAAAUUAAA